AUGGCCGCGUUUCUUUUUCGCCAGCCUGCGCCGCUCAACUUGCUCACUACCCCGACACUACCAACUAAGAAACAGCACAUCAUCAUGAAUUCUACUAUUAGCUUCCCCACCAUUGAAGGUGGCUCCCAUGCCCACGGGUUCCUCGCGAGGAGAGCCUUGGCAAUUACCGGCAUGCCAUCGUCUCCUUCUGGUGAUCCCUUUUUCCCCUCGAGGGAAACGCGCACCUUGCAGCCUUUCCCCGCCAACGUUGCCGGCGCCGAGCAUGCUAACCAUCUUCAGGAUUCUAUCCGUGACCUUCUGAUUCAAGCAGGCGACGAUUGGACAUUUCUCUCUCUAUUCGGAGUCCAUAACUCACAUGUUUCUGGUUCAAUCCAGCCUACAGUGUUGAUCGUCCUCAGGCCGAACUCCAUGGUGGAACGAGCAAUGGCAAUGGCUGGGGAAGUGUUUGCAAUCCAGCAGCGCCUCGGCAUUGAUCCCCUCUUUGCGAUUGAGGUGGUUGAAGGCAGCCUUGCCCGUUAUAAUAAUCGCACCAAGUCCAUUGAAGAGGACUACUUCCCGAAGCAGCCCUACCCAGGAGCGAGCAUUGGCAACGCUAUAACCGGCACUUCUGGAACUCUCGGCUUCUAG